AUGACGGGCCCAUCGACGACAAAAGAGGGUGAGGAAGGCGGGGCUGGAUCUGAGCCCUAUCUCCAUCUCAGUAGAUCGCUGCGCUUCUCGAGUCUAGAUGAAUAUCAGUACUGGCACCACCACGGCCCCAUGUUGGGGAAGCUACUAUUCGACGGCAAUUACAGUGUGCACCGACAGUAUGAGUAUCUCUGCCUCUUCGCCCACCUAAUCGUUCCUUCUUUGGGCCCCUUCCCUAGCCCAGGCCGCGAGCUCUUUCAAUGCAUCCUAGGCAGCACUGGGCCCUUUGAACUGAGCCAGAAUUUCACCAAGACCCGUUCAACCACGCGCAUUGCAUUCGAGCCGACCAGCUACAGGGCCACUACAGGUCAAGAUCCAUUCAACCGCGCUCUACUACCCUGCGCUCUGCACGACCUAAAGGCCAUCGGCGCCGCGAUCAACUUAGACUUACACCAUGCCCUCCUCGAGCGUCUGACACUCAGCGACAGCGACAUUACACACCUACCUCCCACCGAAAUCGCAAACCUACCCUUCAAGACACAGACAAUCCUUGCCCUCGACCUGGACCCAGCCGGAGUCUCCGUCAAGGAGUACUUCUACCCAACACUCAAGGCCCAAGUCACAGCUCAGUCGGCGACGCAGCUAUGCCUGGAUGCCAUCCGCACCAUCGACGCCGAGCAACUCUUCGCGCAGGGGUGCGACGCCCUCCAGGAAUACCUGCAACAGCCGGAACAAAAGACGGACAUCUUCCUCGUGUCCUGCGACCUGGUCGACCCGCUUCGCACACGGCUGAAGUUCUACCUCGCCGAAUUCGACGUCCGCUUCGACCGUGUCAUCGAGCACUGGACAAUGGGUGGCCGGCUGGCGAAGGAGGAUCCAGAUAUCACUGAGGGCCUGUCAAUGCUAGAGGAGCUCUGGCGUGCUCUAAAUAUUGUGGAGGGCCCUCGCGCUUAUCCCACCCGGCCCUCGCAGCCCGGUGAUCCUCCCACGUACUUGCCUUUGAUGCUCAAUUACGAGAUCCAUCCUGGCCGUCGCGCCCCAAUCCCCAAAUUCUACUUCCCCAUUUCCGGGAUUCCGGAUACCAAGGUCGCGGCUGUGCUGACGGAGUUCUUUGAACGCCAUGACAUGUCAGAUCAAGCCGCUGUCUAUGCUGCGAACUUGCAGAACUACUUUGCGGGGGAGAACCUGGACGAGACCACGCAUCACCAAGCGUGGUUGUCUUUUUCGUACGCUAGGAGCAAGGGCCCGUAUCUUACUGUGUAUUAUCAUUGA